AUGGAACAGGCCCGGCUCCCCAGGUGUGAGUGGAGGCUCAGGUCAGAGGUGGAGGAAGGAAAAGACAGUUUGGUUUUUCAGCACUGGUCCGAAAAUGCUGACAGAUCCGCUUCCCCACAUGGACCGGGGCUCGACACGGCGUCGAACGGCCCUCGCCACACCGCGCGACACCCCGCACCACGCGCCUUGCCGCUCCGCUACGACUCCCCGCUCCGCUACGACUCCCCGCUCCGCUACGACUCCCCGCACUGCGCUCCGCUACGACUCCCCGCACCGCGCUCCGCUACGACUCCCCGCACUGCGCACCGCUACGACUCCCCGCACCGUUACGACUCCCCGCACCGCUACGACUCCCCGCACCGCUACGACUCCCCGCACCGCGCGCCGCUACGACUCCCUGCACCGCGCGCCGCUACGACUCCCCGCUCCGCUACGACUCCCUGCACCGCGCGCUUCUACAACUCUCCGCUCCGCUACGACUCCCCGCACCGCUACGACUCUCCGCAGCGCUACGACUCCCCGCAGCACUACGACUCCCCGCACCGCUAG